AUGAAACUGCCGCUCAUCCCCUCCACACCUUCAUCAGUUAUCUCCUCAUGUGGUGCAUGUGAUGUGUUCCCCUCCAUCCAUCUCUAUAAGCGCCUGGCAGGUAAAAACUGGGGCAAAAGUGAUCAGUUGCCGGUGGCUUCAGCACCAACUUCCACAUCUGAUGGGAGAGACCCGGAGCUGAAAGGUCAGUCCAAGUGUCGUGUUGAGAGGAACCAGGCUUUGGAAGAAGCCAGGAGACCUCAAGAGUCCAUGUUUAUCCCAGAAUGCAAUGAUGAUGGAACAUUUGCCCAGGUCCAGUGCCAUACUCCGACAGGUUACUGCUGGUGUGUCACCAGUGACGGCAAGCCAGUGAGUGGCUCUUCUGUACACAACAGGACCCCGGUGUGUUCAGGGUCAGUAACCGAUAAACCACCUGGGGCACCGAUCUCUGGUAGAAAAGAUGAUGGCUCCAAGCCCACACCGACCAUGGAGACUCAUGUUCCCCCUGAGGGUGAUGAGAUAACUGCUCCAACGCUGAGGGAAAAACAGCUGGGUAAUAAGGAUAAGCAGAACAGCUCCACUUCCAGGAGGCAAGAGAAAGUUCCCUCUUGUGACCAGGAGCGACAGACCGCACUGGACGAGGCUCGGCAGAAUCCUCGUGAAGCCAUUUUUAUCCCUGACUGUGGGACCGGAGGCCUUUACAAACCGGUCCAAUGCCAUCAGUCCACAGGCUACUGCUGGUGUGUUUUGGUGGACACGGGACGGCCCAUUCCUGGAACCUCCACCAGGUACCAGACGCCGGAGUGUGACAGUGUUGCAUCUCGCAUCUCAGACACAGAAGAUCCCUUCCAAGGCAGAGACCUGACAGGCUGCCCAGAUGGGAAGAAAGUGGAAUUCAUUACAAGCUUGUUAGAUGCCCUCACCACAGACAUGGUGCAAGCCAUAACCUCACCAGCCCCCUCUGGUGGUGGGAGGUUUGUCGAGCCUGAUCCCAGUCACACUUUAGAAGAGAGGGUGGUGCACUGGUACUUCGCCCAGCUGGAUAACAACGGCAGCCACGACAUCAACAAGAAGGAACUCAAGCCGUUUAAGAGGUACCUGAAGAAGAAAGCCAAACCCAAGAAAUGCGCCCGAAAAUUCACCGACUACUGUGACCUGAAUAAGGACAGGGCAAUUUCCCUGCAGGAGCUGAAAGGCUGCCUGGGCGUCAGCAAGGAGGGUAGCUCAACGACAAGUGGCAACCAAGGGACAAGGCAAGGAACAAAACUGUUAAAGAGCUGGUGCGGUGUGUGACAUCUCACCUCACGUUAUGACCAUAAAGUAGGUCGUCUAGUGUGAGAAGAGAAGGAUCCAGAAGCUUAGACGAGAGCAGAGGGCACAGAGGGAAGGCAUCUGUACGCUUGCUGACAGGAAAGAAAAAGAUGGAGCAGAAAAGUUCCUGAGUUUCAAAAAAAAAAAAAGGAACAGAAAAACAAGAAGAAAACGAAGCGGCGCCAAAAUAUUUGCACUUUCUCCUCCCUAUGUUUGACAUUUUAUCUGUACGUUUUUUUUUCUCUUGAAGUGACAGUAGGUAAGAAUGAGAAUAUAUUUGUAAAAAGAUAACAGGCUCACCACUGGAAGAUGUGUAUGUUACCACAUUUCCCCUUGUGUUUUAGUCUGCUGUUGUGAUUCAUUCUGUCCUACAUAACAGGAACAGGCACUAACACGCAUAUUUUGUCUUAUUAAAUUCAACUUACAUUUUCCCUGUUAUAUAGUUAUCUGCAGCUUACAGGCCAGUGGUAACUCACUAAAGAAGAGCUUACAGGGAGUCACAAUCACCCCAAAUGUUGCUUGGUAAAGACAAAGUCAAAAGGAAGAGCUAUGGCAAUGUUGACAAAUUUAAACGAAUGUGUAAUGUUGUAUGUGAGCAUGCAAUAUUAAGUGAUCGCCAUGUAUUAGAAGUAAACUGUGACCAUGAAGUCUAAUUUAUCAGCACAGAAUUAGCUGUAUGAAUCCCUUUGCACUGUACAGAACUUUCUAGAUACAUUAACAUUUUGGCUUAAGAAUCAGAUCUUUGUGUACAAUGUCUGAGAUGUGUUAUGUCUGGUUUUUGUUCAGUACAUACCAGUGUUGGGGAAAGCUAAGAUAAGUAAUUACUUGCUUGCCACACAGUUCCAUAAAAGUGUACUUUCUGUGCAACCCAAAACCAUUUUGUUUUAUGUAGUUUUCUCAGUUAUCAACACGUCUGCAGAAGAUUCCUUGAGGGGUUCAUUGUUUUCUACAAUUGUUUUUUUUUUUUUUUUUACAAAGUUUGUGCUAAUAAAACUUGUAAUAAACAUUUCAGAAAAAGAAACAUUUCAAAAGCCAAUAGUAACAGAUUGUAAGAACUGAAAUAUUGUGCAGCCAUUAUUUGUAAUAACAGAGGUAUGUCAUUUCACCCCACCCCCCCAACACUGGUACAGUGCAUACACAGUCUUAGCAGUAUACUAACGCAGCUCAACACUGUAGCACACAGCAGGAAAAACAUUUCUACAUAAAUGUGGCAUUAUUAACAUAUUAAAGCUGCAUUAAUGAAUUGUUGACCACUAGAGGGCAGAGCCAUUCCAAAACUAGACACAGACGACCCUGAACGAUAUUGUUAUGGCUAAUUGUUAGCAAUGAAUUGCUUCCUUACAGAUGUAGCGAACAUGGAGCAACGUUAUCAUCCCAUAUUUCCUCUCUUUUUAGCUCUGUUUUGGUCUCAGCCAACUCCUGGGGAACUAUCUGGUUUCUUUAGCUGCUAAACGCUCCACUAUAUUCAGCCAGUUGCUUACUUUCUGUUUGUCUGUCUGGUGUUUGGUGCUGGGCUGGUAGUAUAUAGGUGGGUUAUCAUAGCCAAUUUGCUGUAAACAGCUUCAUGAGUGCGCUGAGACCAAACUAAAUUGUGAAUGUGCCAUAAAAACAAUGAGUCAGAAGAGCGGCAGAUUUGGGUGAUACUUCUGAGGGUACGUCUGUAUGAGAGAUCUCUUUCACAAUCCAUUUGAUUUAAUGUUGAGAUAUUAAAAAUAUUCAAUAAAUGCAGCUUUAAGUUCAAACCACAAUGGAGGCCAUUGGUUUACAUAUAUCUUGUGUCACGAUAUGGUUCUAAGUGUAAUUUUAUAUAAAGUUACAACUCAA